AUGCUGGGGGGAGGCGUGCAUGAGGCUGAGGUCACGCUGACCUGCCCCGAGGAACAGGACUGCCACCUGGGAUCCCCAGCAAUCGUCAAACUGGAAGCUGCGAUCGGAACCACGGAAACCGUCAUGAUUCCGUUCCAGGGCAGUUCACAAGCUUCACAGUUUAGAAAUCUGUUGAAGAGAAGGCACGAUCUGCGUGUGGACUCCUUCACAACGCUUCACAUACCGAUCAGCUUCACACCACAAACGAUGAAGCUUCAUCGAUCCACAUGUACCGUCAUUGCCACGCGCUUAGAUGGAAAACCAUGGGAUGACACAGAUGGUGAGCGUGUCGAUGUGGUGAGGUUCAUCUACCCUGUGGAAGGCACGCCGCACCGCAGCAUUCCUGCGACGAUGCCCGCGACCCCGCGAUCCAGGGUCACGUGCGAGGCCCAAUCACACGUCGAGCAGACACUACAGGUCACGCUCGACUGCGUGGAGCCAGGUGAUUCAGGAUUCACAUGUUCGCUCGACGUGCCCACCAGGGGGCGUGACGACCUGCAGCAGGCGGUAGCCGUCAAGCUGCUGGCAGAGACGACGAAUAAAGAGGGCACUAGCGUGGUUCUAACACUCUGUGUCGUGUUUGCACCCACGCGUAUCUUCAGCCACGAGGUCAAGCUGCUGGUAAAAUCGCGAGCGGGAGCCGUGUGGCAUUUCUCGCUCCAUCUCGUUGCCACGGAGACCAGCUUCGAUGACGUCAUAACGAUGGAGGCUGCUGGACUCGCACGGACAUCGACAGUCAGCUUCUGUUUGACCAGUCAGACGAGGUAG